ACGUUGACAGUCCUUGGGAAAUGACAGUGCUUUUGUAGUGAGGGGCUAACUUUAGCUAAACCCUUAGCAUGAUGUCAGGCGUUUAGAAAGACGUUGACGAAAGAGAGGGAUUUCAGUACCAAGGGAUUAUAUUUGUUUCUACAAAGUUGUUUGUGUUAGCCUUAUGUAUUUCUUACGGUUACGUUGAUAUUUUUGUGUUUUUUUCGGCAUAGUGUGCUAAUUUAACUUAAGCUAAAUGGCUAGCUAGCGUGUCAUCAACUUGUGAAUCUCCCACAGGGAAAAUACCUAUUGGGAGCUGAUAUCCAGUCAUUGUAGCCAGCUAGCACGAGAACAGGCACCGAGAGCCCGAGCAAGUAAAGAAAAAGUGCUAGCAUAGGGGAGCUAGCCACUUUGGAAUUUGUAAUAUGAAAAACGCGCAGUCCGACACUUUAGGUUUUGUUCCUCAAAAAGACAUCGUAUACAACAAACUUUUGCCGUAUGCGGAUAGGCUAGACGACGAAUCCAAUGAAAUCUUGAGCAAAAUAAAAGGAAACUUGAGCCGAGCUGUUCAGCUUAGAGAAAUAUGGCCCGGCGUUCUGUUUUGGACGAGGAAACUUUCAACGUACAUGAGACUGUAUGGACGAAAGUUCAGCAAAGAAGACCAUGUGCUGUUUAUCAAGUUGCUCUACGAGCUAGUGACCAUCCCCAAACUGGAGAUCAGCAUGAUGCAAGGCCUAGCUCGCCUACUUAUCAACCUCCUCAAGAAAAGAGAACUACUGUCGAGGGAGGACCUUGAGUUGCCAUGGAGACCACUGUAUGAGCUGCAUGACAGAGUUCUCUUCUCAAAAACUGAGCAUCUGGGCCUCAACUGGUUUCCCAACUCAGUGGAAAAUGUGCUGAAAACACUUGUGAAAAGCUGCAGACCAUACUUUUCAGAGGCCGUUACGCAGGAGAUGUUGGAUGAGUGGAGACCACUCCUUUGUCCCUUUGAUGUCACCAUGCAGAGAGCAAUCAGCUACUUUGAGCUUUUUUUACCCACAACUCUGCCUCCUGAGCUGCAUCACAAGGGCUUUAAGCUGUGGUUUGAUGAGCUGAUCAACUUGUGGGUGUCUGUGCAAAAUCUCCCAAGUUGGGAAGUUCACCUGGUUAACCUUUUUGCUCGCUUGGCCAAUGACAAUAUCGGCUACAUUGAUUGGGACCCCUAUAUUCCGAAGAUUUUCACCAGAAUCUUGAGAAGUUUGAAUCUUCCUGUAGGAACCGGUCAGAUGAUGGUACCACGAUACGUUACCAACGCCUACGACAUCAGCCAUGUAGUGCUUUGGGUGUCAUCCCUCCUGGGAGGACCCAGCAAGCAGACUCAAGCACAGCUCAGUGGCCUUUUCAACAGUAUCACAUCCUUCUUCCAUCCAUCUAAUCAUGGCCGGUGGUUGAUGAAGCUCAUGAAGCUGCUUCAGCGUCUCCCAGCCAGCGUGGUCCGGCGGUUGCAUCGAGAGCGCUACAGAAAGCCAUCCUGGCUAACGCCAAUUCCAGACAGUCACAAGCUCACAGAGGAGGAUAUCACAGACUUCGUACAAAGCAUGAUGCAGCCGGUUCUGUUGGCCAUGUUCAGCAAGACGGGAAGUCUCGAUGCAGCCCAGGCUCUGCAAAACCUCGCUUUGAUGCGACCAGAAUUGGUCAUUCCCCCUGUGCUUGAGAAAACAUAUCCUGCCCUGGAGACCCUAACAGAACCCCACCAGCUGACGGCCACUCUGAGCUGUAUGAUCGGUGUAGCGCGUAGCUUGGUAUCAGGUGGGCAGCACUAUCCUGAAGGACCCACUCACAUGCUGCCCUUGCUCAUGAGAGCUCUGCCUGGCGUGGACCCGAAUGACUUCAGCAAGUGCAUGAUCACAUUCCAGUUUAUUGCUACAUUUGUGACUCUUGUGCCUUUGGUGGACUGUUCGUCUGCCCUACAUGAAAGAACUGAUUUGACAGAGGUGGAAAGAGAGAUGUGUUCUGCCUCAGCUGAGUUUGAAGACUUUGUGCUUCAGUUCAUGGACAGAUGCUUUGCCCUGAUAGACAGCAGCACUCUGGAACAAACUCGAGAGGAAACGGAAACUGAAAAGAUGACACAUGUUGAGAGUCUGGUAGAGCUCGGUCUCUCUUCAACCUUUAGCACGAUCCUCACACAGUGCUCCUUGGAUAUUUUCAAGGUGGCUUUGGAAAAGGUCUUCAACUUUGCAACCACCAACAUCUUUGAGACACGUAUAGCUGGAAGAAUGGUGGCCGACAUGUGUCGCGCUACUGCCAAGUGUCACCCUGCAGAGUCGCUCAAGAUGUUUGUGCCACAUUGCUGCAACGCCAUAAACCAAAUUUCUGCCAAUGAGGAAGUGUUGAACGAGGAGGAGCUUGAUAAGGAGUUUCUGUGGAAUCUGCAACUUCUUUCUGAGGUCACUCGGGUGGACGGCGACAAGGUCUUGCCGUAUCGCUCGGACCUGGUCCAAAUUUUGCAGUUGACGCUUCACCUCAAGUGCAAGCAGGGUUAUAUUCUGGCCUGUAACCUGUUGCACCACAUUCUUCGCGCCACUGCCCUCAUUUACCCCACAGAGUACUGCAGUGUGCCAGGAGGCUUCCACCAACCAGUCAGUGACUACCUCCCCAUCAAGGACUGGGGUCGACCUGGGGACUUGUGGAACUUGGACAUCCAGUGGCACGUCCCCAGUGUUGAGGAGACUUCAUUCGCUUUUUAUUUGCUGGACCUGAUCCUCCACCCUGAACUUCAGCGCCUUCAGAGAUUUGCAAAAGGAGAACAAGACAUGAGCAGAGAUGAUGUCCUACAAAGCCUCACCAUUGUUCAGCACUGUCUCCUGGGAGCAGGGAGUUUGAUGCCUCCAUUGAAAGGAGAGCCCAUCUCUGAUCUAGUUCAUAGCAUGGUGAAGCUGGAUGAGACCACCCUGUAUACAGGAACGACGUAUGAUAAGACUAGAGAGAACUACAGAGAUGCUAUCUGUAGCGUGAUGACACAGCUGCUGCAUUAUAUUUUGGAGCACUCUGAAGAUGACACCAAGUCCCUGUUCUCCAUCAUCAAGAUUAUCAGCGACCUUUUGCACUUCAAAGGUUCUCACAAGCACGAGUUCGACUCCCGCUGGAAGAGCUUCAACCUUGUGAAGAAAUCAAUGGAAAACAGACUUCAUGGCAGAAAACAGCACAUCAGAGCGCUUCUAAUUGACCGAGUCAUGCUCCAGCACGAGCUGAGGAAACUGACUGUGGAAGGAUGCCAGUACAGGACCAUUCACCAGAAGCUGAUGAAAGACCUUUUGAGGCUUUCCACAAGCACAUACAGUCAAGUACGCAGCAGAGCUCAAAGUGUGUUCUUCACCGCCCUGGGAACCUACAAUUUCUGCUGCAGAGAUCUGAUUCCUCACGUCCUCGAGUUUCUCAACCCAGACAACAGCAGUGUCACUCAACAACAGUUCAAAGGUGCAUUGUACUGUCUUCUUGGGAACCACAGUGGAGUGUGUCUGGCUAAUCUGCAUGACUGGGAUUGCAUUGCUCUGACGUGGCCUGCUAUUGUGCGCUCUGGCCUCAGCUCAGCCAUGUCACUUGAGAAGCCCUCCAUUGUGCGACUUUUUGACGACCUCGCAGACAAAAUCCAUCGGCAGUAUGAGACUAUCGGCAUCGACUUCACUCUCUCUGGUGAGUGUUGUUCAGUGGCAAACCAGCUUAUGACUACAGGAAAUCCUUUUCCUGAAGAGCCCGUGCCCUCUAAAGAAGAGUCAGACGAAGGUUUAAACCGUCAGAAGGUCAAGAACUCUGAAGCCGUUGAGAAAUACGAAGGGCUUAUUGGUGAUCUGCUGGACUGCCUCAGCAACAGGAACAUGCCUUGGAAAUUCGAGCACAUUUCUAUCGGAUUCUUGUCUUUGCUGUUGAGAGACGAUCACCAGCUGCCGCCUCCAGCUGUUACAUUCUUUGUGGAAAUCCUGAACCAUGAUUCCCUCUAUGUCCGUAAGGUGGCGAUAUCAGCUGUGGCUGGGAUCUUGAAACAAAUAAAAAGAUCUCAUUUGAAAGUCCCUGUCAGCUCCUCUGAGCUUUGCAAGGACUGUGAAGUCAUAGAGGAUAGGAUUGUAGCAGGAGACCGCCCAGACAACCAGUGGCUCCAGUAUAACAGCAACAAACUGCCACGCUCACAGGAAGACUGGGAUCAAUGUAUGUUUGUGGAAAAGACACACUGGGGAUACUACUGCUGGCCAAGGAAACUGAUGAUAUAUGCACCUCAGGAGGAGCAGCCCCAACAGAACCUCAGCAGAGAGGAAAUGACAGAGCGGGAGCAGAUCAUCUUUGACCAUUUCUCGGAUCCAGUGUUCAUUAACCAGUUUGUUGAGUUUCUCUCGCUCGAGGAUCGUAAGGGCAAGGACAAGUUCAGCCCUCGCAGAUUCUGUUUGUUCAAGGGACUGUUUCGUAAUUUUGGCCACACUUUUCUGCCUGUGCUAAAGCCACACAUGGAGCGUCUGGUGGCAGAUUCUCAUGAGAGCAAACAACGAUGUGUUGCUGAGAUUAUCUCCGGACUGAUUCGAGGCUGCAAGCACUGGAGCUUCUCACAGGUUGAAAGUCUUUGGGAGCUGCUGUGUCCUUUGCUUCGCACUGCCUUGUCAAACAUCACAAUCGAAACGUAUGCGGAUUGGGGCACCUGCAUUGCCACAGCCUGUGAGAGCAGAGACCCACGCAAACUACACCGGCUGUUUGAGAUGCUGAUGGAAUCUCCUGUCAAUGGAGAGGGGGGCUCUUUUGUAGAUGCCUGUCGUCUCUAUGUGCUGCAAGGAGGCCUAGCGCAGCAGGAGUGGCGUGUACCAGAACUUCUGCACAGGCUGCUUCAGUAUCUGGAGCCCAAACUCACACAAGUGUACAAAAAUGUUCGAGAACGAAUUGGCAGCGUGCUCACUUACAUCUUCAUGAUUGAUGUCAACUUGCCGCUCACUCAGCCAACCAGCUCCCCCCGCAUCUCCGACUUCACAGAGCGAAUUCUGUUAAAGCUGAAGCCCCUAACAGAGGGUGAUGAGGAAAUCCAAAAUCAUGUGACUGAGGAGAACGAGGUUGGGGAGCAGGAUGAAAGAACGCAGGCGAUUAAGCUGCUCAAAACAGUGAUCAAGUGGCUGAUUGCAAGUGCUGGUCGCUCUUUUACCACCGCUGUCCCCGAACAGCUUCGGCUGCUUCCCCUGCUCUUCAAGAUUGCGCCAGUUGAAAAUGAUGACAGUUAUGACGAACUUAAGAGGGACGCGAAGACCUGCCUGUCUCUAAUGUCUCAGGGACUUCUUUACUCAGAUCAAAUCCCUACGGUCCUUGAUGUCCUGAAGGAGAUUGCUGGCAGCAGCUCUUGGCAUGCCCGCUACACGGUGCUCACAUAUCUGCAGAUCAUGGUUUUUUACAACCUGUUUACAUUCAUGAGUGACCAGAAAGCAGUGAAUGAUGUGCGGGGGCUUGUAAUAAAACUACUGGAAGACGAGCAGCUUGAGGUACGAGAAAUGGCUGCCACCACGCUCAGUGGCUUUCUUCAGUGCAAUUUCUUGUCCAUGGAUGCCCCCAUGCAGGGGCAUUUUGAGGCUCUCUGCAAAACACGUCUGCCUAAGAAGAGGAAAAGAGAGCUUGGCUCUGUUGUGGACACCAUUCCCUCUGCUGACCUUGUGCGCCGCCAUGCUGGUGUUCUUGGUCUGAGUGCCUGUAUUCUCUCCAGUCCGUAUGAUGUUCCCACCUGGAUGCCACAACUAUUGAUGGACUUGAGUGCCCACCUUAAUGACACACAACCCAUUGAAAUGACUGUAAAGAAAACUCUGUCAAACUUCCGGCGGACUCAUCACGACAACUGGCAGCAACACAAGCAGCAGUUCACAGAUGAUCAGUUGUUGGUCCUCACCGACCUGCUGGUUUCCCCGUGUUACUACGCCUAAAACCUGAUUUCAAGAACCCAAGACUUCACACCUGCUUACACUGAACAGGCCAAUUCCUGACCGAGUUAAAACCACGGCAUCCUUGCAGAGCUGGGAGAAGAAGACAGGCACAUCAUGAAUCUGUAGUGCGGCUCUCAAAAAGAUCCAAACGUUCUGUGUUUGUGUAUUUAACUCCUUUACUUUUCAACUAUUCUUAAUAUUUAAGGAUGAAUAA